UGUUUUACUUAUAUGUUAAGAUUUUGGAGUGGAGUGAAAGCUAAAUUUACUGGAAGAGAGGCGACUUGAGUAAUGUAGAAUCACAAGUAGCCAAUAUUAUUUACAAAAACAAAAAAAAAAAAAAAAUACGAGCGAAAACAGCUGAAAAACAACCAUAAUCUCUUAGAUAAAGCUGAACGUGAUUGUAAUUUUCAGUAGCAGCAAGUCUUGGAAUGUGGUCUCGAAUGCAUUUUGUUUCACCUGGUGCUUGGUCUUCAAAGUUGAAAAAUGUUACCCCCUCUCCUAGCCGUGUACCUUAUAAGGAAAUGGCUGUUUGUCUAAAACAGUAUCCUUCUGUCUUUAUUCAUUGCAGAUGGAAAUCUGCUGGUGGAGAUCAAGAUUCCUCUGUUCCUAGAAUUAAAGAAAAUGAAAAUUCUCAAAUCACACUUGCCAAAAAAGUAAAAGAAACUUCUAAAGAUGCUGGUUAUCUUGGUAUUAUCAUCGCUGGUAUUGGUGUUACAGGCGUUAUGUUCUAUGCUAUUUUAAGGGAACUGUUUUCUAGACAAAGUCCAAACUCUAUAUAUAGUGAUGCUUUACAUUUAUGUCGCAGUAACGCAACUGUAAGUGAUACUCUUGGAGAGCCAAUUAAAGGAUAUGGAGAACUAUCAUCACGUGGUCGUCGCAGACAUGUCAGCCAUUUAGUAUAUGAAAAGGAUGGAAAAAAUUAUAUGAGGAUGAAAUUUUAUGUGGAAGGUUCAAGAAAGAGUGGAACUGUUCAUUUAGAAAUGGUGGAAGGGGACAAGUCAAAAUAUGAGUAUAGGUACUUGUUUGUUGAUGUGGAUGGUUAUCCUCAGAGAACUAUUAUAUUAAAAGAUAAUCGUCACUUGGAUAGUAAUUCUUUAAAUAUCAUUGAUACUUUAAAUAAAUAAUAAUCUGCAUAUUUCAAUCUGGAUCAUUCAUUUGUAUACUUUAAUAUGUUAAGAAUGUUUGUAUGUAAAUUUGUAAACAAUAAAGCAAAUUUUCUCUAAUAUGAAAUCUAAAA